UUUUUGUCAUUAUAAAAUGUUUUCGGGGCGGGCAUAAAACUAGUUAGUAUCUGCAUCUCAAAUAGUAUAAGUUUUACACUUAAAUUCUGUUGUCUUAACAUACCUACCGGUAGGUUAUCGUAUUCAGAUUAACUUGAAGGUAAAAUUAGCAAUAGUGAAAGUCAACAUUUACAAAAUAUGAAAAAAUCAAAUGAUGUAUUGCCUAGAACGAAUGGAAUAAUUCAGGCUUAUGGUUUCAUAAACGGAUAUGGUAAUAGUCAUACCUCAAAUGACAAGCCAGUAACAAUUGACAACUAUACAUCUAAAACUUCAGCAAACGCAAAGUUCAAGGAUCAAUUUGUUCUUUUGCAGAAAACAUUUCUUGACCAUAACAAAGCUAAGAAAAAAUCAAAAGAAAGUUUUGAAGAAGCGCCUCUUAUAACUGCAUGCCUUACAUACCUUGGCUUCUACUUUUUAAUGAUAAUUGGUUACCUGAACCAGCUUUUCUUCGUACCAAAGGUUGCCACUGAAAAGAAUCGCGACGGAUAUGUUCCACUUUAUGAUGCUUUUGAGAGAUUUUACUCUUGUUACGUAUACAGGAGAGUGAAAGAUUGUUGGAAUCGGCCGAUAUGCAGUGUUCCAAGUGACACGCUUGUAUUGAAAGAUCGUAUUACAAAUGAUUACGGGUGGACAUUUGAAUUUACUGGCACAAGAACGAAAUGUAUAAAUUUAGGAUCAUACAACUAUCUCGGAUUUGCGCAGAAUUCGGGACCUUGUGCAGAAGACUCUAUACAAGCGAUUGGGAAAUAUGGAAUUUCUACAAGUAGUACAAGACGAGAAUUAGGAACAAAUACACUUCAUAAUGAGCUUGAAGUACUUACAGCACAAUUUUUAGGUGCGGAGGAUGCAAUUGUUUUUGGAAUGGGUUUUGCAACAAACGCCCUCAAUCUUCCUUCCUUGAUAUCGCCAGGAUGUCUUGUCGUAUCGGAUGAAAAAAAUCACGCUUCAAUUAUUUUAGGGUUGAGACUUUCAGGUGCAACUGUUAAGGUUUAUGAGCAUAACAAUAUGAAGAGUUUGGAACAAGUCAUUGAAAAAUCAAUAGUAAAUGGUCAAACUCUUAAUGGCAAACCAUGGAAAAAAAUCCUAAUAAUUCUUGAAGGUGUAUUCAGCAUGGAGGGUUCGAUUGUAAAGCUUCCAGAAAUUGUUGACAUCAAAAAGAAAUAUGGCACCUAUAUAUAUUUGGAUGAAGCUCAUAGUGUAGGAGCGACAGGACCCAAUGGUCGCGGAAUCACUGACUAUUACGGAAUUGAUCCUAAGGAUAUCGAUAUAAUGAUGGGAACGUUUACAAAGUCAUUUGGAUCUGCUGGGGGUUAUAUUGCUGGUUCGAAGAAUCUUAUUGAUUAUUUACGCACUAAUAGUCACGCACAUUGUUACGCAAGUUCAAUGGCACCAGCGGUGGCUCAACAAAUUCUCACUUCAAUGAAGAUUAUUAUGGGAUUGGAUGGAACAGACGAAGGGAAACAACGAAUUGAUCAAUUAGCAAGAAAUACAAGAUAUUUCAGAAAACGUUUAGCGCAAAUUGGUGUUAUAACUUAUGGACAUGAAGAUUCACCAGUCGUUCCGAUGUUAGUUUAUCUCUUUUCAAAAAUUGGUGCUGUUGUGAGAACGUUGACAAAGCGGAAAAUUGCUGUAGUUGGUGCUGGCUUUCCAGCAACUCCAAUCAUGGAAGGAAGGAUACGAUUUUGCUUAUCGGCAGCACAUACAAGAGAACAACUUGACUAUUUUCUUCAAGCCAUUGAUGAAAUUGGAAGCACUCUAGGAUUAAAAUAUUCACGAAAACCACAAGAUGCAGAAACUAUCGAAUAUUAAAUUUUAAUAAUUCUGCCUACAUUAUGUGUUGUUUGUUUCAAUAUUUCAAACCGAAAAAACUUUAUAUCUACUAUAUUUAGCUUUAGAUUCAAAAUGUCGAGCAUACAGAUAAAUUAUUGGAAAAUUUAAAUUAUCUACUUUAAUUUACUCAAAUAUGUUAUUUUGUAUUCUUUUGUAAAACCGCUCCAUUGUACAUUUGAAAAAGCUUUUUCAAUUCAUUUGUAGAUAGUCUUUUGGAUUAAGAAUGAAGUGAAAGGAAUAUUUAAUUAAAAAGAUGCCAAUGAUGUUUUUAA